UAAAAGGAGAGAAUGUCUCUUGCCCUAUGUGCACCUACACAUCUACUCAUCAAGACACUCAUGUCAAACUGUACAUUAUUUUUUUUUAAACACCAAAAGGAGGGGAAAUAUCGACAAUAUACCACUUACCGUGCUGUCAUCUGAAAAUUGCGAAUCAUGAAUGCAGCAGAGUUUCGACGUCGAGGAAAGGAGAUGGUCGACUUUGUAGCUGACUAUUUAGAGAAUCUGGAGCAGCGACCAGUCUAUCCAGAUGUCGAACCAGGUUAUCUUAGAUCCUUAAUCCCGACUGAAGCACCCCUGGAACCAGAGACCUACGACGACAUCAUGAAGGAUGUGGAGCGAGUUAUAAUGCCUGGGAUCACCCACUGGCAGAGUCCAUACUUCUAUGCUUACUUCCCUGCAGCCUCCUCCUAUCCUGCCAUGUUGGCAGAUAUGCUGUGUGGGGCCAUUGGGUGUAUUGGAUUUUCUUGGGCUGCCAGUCCAGCUUGCACAGAGCUGGAGACAGUGAUGCUAGACUGGUUAGGGAGGAUGCUGCAGCUGCCAGAGUGUUUUAUAGCUGGAACUCAUGGUCAUGGUGGAGGAGUCAUCCAGGGCACAGCCAGCGAGGCGACCCUCAUGUCAUUGCUGGCUGCCCGUUGUAAAGCUAUCCGUCGAGUCCAGUCUAUCAACCCGGAAAAGUCUGAACCCGAGAUCGUCAAGAGUUUGGUGGCAUACACGUCAGAGCAAUCUCAUUCAUCUGUGGAGCGGGCAGGUCUGAUUGGAGGCGUGAUGAUGAAGAAAGUCCCGACAGACAGCACUUAUGCUGUCUCAGGUGAUGCACUGAAGAAGAUGGUGGAAAAGGACAAAGAGGCAGGACUCAUCCCAUUCUAUUUCUGCGCAACUCUUGGCACCACUUCGUCAUGUGCGUUUGAUCAUAUCGCUGAGCUGGGACCUAUAUGUAAUAAGGAAAACAUGUGGAUGCAUGUUGAUGCUGCAUAUGCGGGAAGUGCAUUUGUCUGUCCGGAAUUUCGGCCUUUGUUGAAUGGCGUAGAGUUUGCUGACUCUUUCAAUAUGAACGCACACAAAUGGCUUCUGGUCAACUUUGACUGCUCUACCAUGUGGGUCAAGAAGAGGCAAGACCUUAUUGGUGCCUUCAAAGUGGAUCCACUAUAUCUGAGACAUGAGAAUCAGGAGUCAGGGCUAGUGACAGAUUAUAGGCAUUGGCAGAUUCCACUGGGCAGACGAUUCCGCUCUCUCAAAAUGUGGUUUGUUUUCCGCAUGUAUGGCCUCCAAGGAUUGCAGGCUCAUAUACGCAAGCAUGUGAGCCUGGCCAAGGAGUUUGAGUGUCUAGUACGAGCAGACAAGAGAUUUGAGAUCUGUGCUGAGGUCAUCAUGGGUCUGGUUUGCUUCAGGCUCAAGGGCUCCAAUGAGUUGAACCAGAAUCUGUUGAAAAUGAUCACAAAGAGCAGAGAGAUCCACUUGGUGCCUUGCCAUCUGACUGGACGCUUCGUCCUGCGAUUUGCCAUCUGCUCGCGCACCACUGAGUCUCAUCACAUCCAGCAAGCAUGGAGGCACAUCACACAGUUGACCUUUGAACUCCUACAGGAUUCGGUCCAAUGACAAAUGGGUCAAGUAGGUCACACCGAUUUUGAUGCCUUGACAAGGUUGGAGUUAUUAAUGUUUCAGGGUGGAGUAAAAACAAACACAUUUAAGAUACUUAAAAGCUAAACAGCUGGUUGGUACAAUUUAUUCAUUUGCUGCCAUUGACGACGAUGGACAUUCAAUCCAUUUUAGCGCCCCACUAUAAAGGAUUUGUGGUCUAUCGUUGUCAAUGACCAUGAAAAAAAGGACCAUUUUAGCUCCCCACUAUAAAGGAUUGGUGGUCUAUCGCUGUCAAUGACCAUGAAAAAAAAAAAAAAGGAAAUUAUUUGGAGGGGUUACUGUUAGUGACAGUGAGAAAAAAAGGAAAUUAUUUGUAUGUGUAACUGUUGAGCAUGUGUGCCUCACAGAGGUUCGGGGUUCAAAUAUUUGCUCCCUCUCACUUUAGUGGGGUUUGCUUGUGCUCCCUGUUCUUGGAUUCUCUCUGGGUACUCCGGUCCCCCCUCUGUCCCUCAAAUCCCCUAUAAAAACAUUUCUUAUCUAUUUUUUUGUUAUGUAUGUUUUGUGUCCUGUGUAAAUGUGGGUUGAGGUGAGCUCAAAAUGUACUGUAUGUGUUUUCCAAUGAAUGUACAGUCUUGCACUUUGUGUGUGUGUGUGUGUUUCAAGUUCACGUGUCAACAAAUGUAUGCACUCGCAAAUAUUGGCUAGUCCUUAGUGAUCUUUAAGGAAAAUUGUGGCUUGGCUAAACGGAACCAAACUAUUUAUCUAUUUUUGUUGGGUUAUUAUUUUAUGUGAGGCAUUUAUAACAACAAAGUUUAUGCAUAUUUAAGUAAAAGUAAAACUGUGGCCAAUUUCAAACUGUUGCCAGUUUCCUUGUUUUCGAACACAUUUUUCCAAUGAGGUGCUGUCGACAGACAAUCAGAUGGAAUUGAAAUCUGUUGCCACUGUAUGGAAAUGCAAUCAAUAGGACAAUUUAAUCAGAGUCAGUUUCCUUGACAACCCCAAUAUGGUCUUAAUGGAGCAUGUGUAUUCUCAGCAAAGCGAUCAGCGUGCUAACAAAUGAUGGUGAUCAUGUGUUGCUAGUUGAAAAGAAUGUGUAUGACAGUGAUGAGGAUGAAUAUUCAAUCUUUGACCUCAAUCAUGUUUAGUUUGCUUGGUUGCCUUAUAUUAACGGUGAAUGUUUAAGGAAGAUCAGUCGGAAAAUUGCUUUCAAGCGGCAUUAAGAAAGCUUUAAGGAUGAAACAUGUUACAUGAUGAAUAUUUGAAAAACAACAAAACCCAAACUCCAAUGAUUCCAAUCCAAUCCAAUGAAUGGACAGGAAUGUUUACAUUACUAUCAAGCAUGUGUGUUUGUAUUCUUUAUAUUUUGUCAACGUGGCACGCCGUCAGCAAGCAAAGCUUCUGCUUUUAUUCUCGUGUCUACUGUCAUUGGCUUGGCUUAUUAAAAUAAUAAAUU